AUUUCAUAGGAAUCUUGUUAAGUAUUAUAUUUUAGAAAUUGAAAUUAGAAGAUAGAGAAAAAAAAUAGGGAAUUGUAAUUAAAUUUUAGUGGUUAUCUCGUUAAAAAAAAAAUUAGUAAAUUUUAGUAGAGUUUGACGGAGUGAUUUUUCCGGAAUUGGUUGAAGCGACGGAGUUUAUUUUGUGGAGCUUAUCGGAUAUUUUUCUGGAGCUACAUAUUAUUUUUCGGUCUGCUGUUUUACGAGGUCUACAAGAGGUAUGGCUGACCCUGCUGCGCACGACUACUUCCGUCCUGGACCAGUUCAGGGGUCCUACUACAGAGCCAGUCCAAUCACAGGUCUCAGACUGUUUGGGAGCAUCCGGGCACUUCUGCGUUAGGCUCUCGUUCUGCGGGGUCGUUUCCCCCGCUACAGAAGCUUCAUGCCCGCAUUAGAGAGGGAGUCAUCCGGACAGGGCUUUCGUACCUCAGCGAGAUGAGGCAGUACCAGGUGGACAUGACGCUGGUCACUGCCCUAGUCGAGCGUUGGAGACCGGAGACACAUACGUUUAUGUUUCCGGAGGGGGAGUGCACCAUCACGCUUCAGGACGUAGCGAUCCUUACUGGACUCCCCAUAGAUGGGGCUCCUAUCACCGGUCCUACAGUGUCUGACUGGAACAGUAUCACCAUCCCCCUUCUUGGGAGACGGUACAAGCCUAGCCGUACGGAUAAUGUCGGCCAGGUGAAAGUGUCCUGGUUAAAAACGGAAUUUCAAAAUUUUGAAAAUGUGCUCGCACCAGGUGGACAGGAGCAGGUCGACUGGGCCGUUAGAGCCUAUCUUUUGAUUGUCAUAUGGUCCUUGUGUUUCCCGGAUUUGAGCAGCGGUAAGAUUGGACUCAGGAUCCUCCCGUUACUGGAAGACUUGACUAGAGUGCGGACCUACAGCUGGGGAUCGGCGACUCUCGCACAUCUAUAUCACGAGAUGUGCUUGUCCACUUUGAUUUCAGAGCAAAGAAAGAACAUUGGGGGGGCCAUUUGGCUACUGCAGCUGUGGGCAUUCGAGCGACUCAGGCCGUUGAGGCCGAGGUUGAGAGGCGGUCUCAUCCAGCAGCACUUACCGUUGGGGGACAGAUGGGCAGGUCACCUCAAUUUUCAGGACGUUCCUAGACAAAACUUGGCGGCCAUGAGAUUAGCACUUGAUGAGAUGCGCUAUUCAGAUAUCGAUUGGCAGCCAUACUCCGAUCUGAUUAUCAGUCAGCUACCGUCAUAUUGUUUCGAGGGGUCCCAUUUCUGGCGUGCACGCGUCCCACUGAUCUACUUCCACAUUAUCGAGUGGCACCAGCCAGACAGGGUCCUUCAGCAGUUCGGACUGGUUCAGCCUAUUCCGGAGGCCCCCUUACAGCAACCCAUCAUGCAUGGCGUCCAAUACCGUGGGAGCUCAGACUUCCAGGCGCUUUUCAGUGAGUAUAUCGACAUCUGGGACUGUAGAGAGAGAUAUGUGGUACAUGGGCGUGUACUCGAGCAUCCGCCGCACUUUCAUUCAGAGUACAUGGACUGGUACAGGCUAGUGAGCAGGAGAUGGAUUACACAUCGCGGGGCUGAGCUCGGUUCUCAUCGCGAUACCAUGGAGAGGAUCCGCUUGCAGUCUGAGGCGGAUUCCACUGUUCGGACUUACGCUCGCACUUCUCAGCUAGCCACUAGGGAAGACCGGCGGAACGUCAGCGGGCCACCGCCAGACCCUGCUGUUCCGCCAGACGUUAUUCCAGAGAUCGAUCCGCCGACCGUGGAUGUACAGCGCAUACGAGGACGUCGUAGAGGCAGACCCAGACAGCCAGAGCCGACCCGUGAGAUCCCGACAGACCCUUUUCCCCCACCGGUCGUCUUUCACGGGGACACAGAGGACUUUAUCCGGCGUUAUUACGGGUCUUCGCGUGAGUACGGGAGCACCUCGUCGCAGCCCCAGGGGCCACAGGCUUCCUCUUUUUCAGUACCACCUGUUUCUAUGCCCUAUGUCGACCCAUCGUUUGGGCAGACCGCUGGCACGACUCCGCUAGCCACGCAACAGGACCCUCUAGACACACGGGUCGAUUAUCAGGGGAAUACCGAGGAGUUCAUUCGGCGGUAUACCGGGUAUACGCAGCACCACGGCAGCACAUCUUCGCAGCCCCAGCGCCCACCGUCUUCCUCUUUUUCAUUGCCGCCUUCUUCUGUGCCUUAUGUUGACCCAUGGUUUGGGGAGACCGCUUACAUUACUCCGCUGGCCACGCCGGACCCUCUGGCCACACCGGUCGAUUAUCAGGGGAAUACCGAGGACUUCAUUCGGCGGUAUACUGAGUAUACACAGCACUAUGGAAGCACCUCUUCACAGCCCGAGGCGCCACCAUCUUUGUCUUAUUCAGUACCGCAGGACUUCUCCACUUACGGUGGUUCCGCUUUUACCCCCUUUCAGCCACCACCCCCGACACAGACACCUCCAGCCCAGCAGUACGAAGGACUAUUUGAAGAGAACUUGUCCUAUCCUCAAACGCCUGCAGUAGGUAGUUUUAGCCAGCUUCUUCAGGGGUACAUUCCACAGCCGCCUUCCUCCUCUCCCCGCCCAACUCAGAGCCCAUCGCAAAUGCAUUUUUCUCUAACUGAUGAGUGGGUGAGCAAUUUGCAGGCUCCCACACCUCCACUUGGUGAUGUUGCUAACAUGACGCCUCCUUCAUUUUCCCUGGGGUUAGGGAACCCCUCCUCACAGGCUCCUGAUGACGAGGAUGACGAUGUGGUCAGUCCAAGUGGUAGCGACGACAACAGCUCCGGCCCAGAUCUCAGACCUUAUCGGCCAUUGACUCAUACCCAGAUGAGUCGGCGUCAGAACAGGGGUCGAAACUUGAGGACACUCUUACGGACCCCAGAUAGAACAAACAUGUAGUUGUAUUUUAUAGCUUUUUUUAUUGUUGUCCACAUAUUUUUGAUUAUUUGACUUAUUUUAAUUUC